AUGACUGUAAGGAAUGUAUCGAGAGCCACGGAACUCAUACUUCUAGGCUUUGGAAAUCUUUACGGCUUCAACAUAUUAAUUUUCAUUAUAUUCCUUAACAUUUUCCUAAUCACAUUAACUGGAAAUCUUCUGAUCAUUGUGUUAGUUUCAAUCAGCCAUCACCUUCAGUCUCCCAUGUACUUUUUUCUUUGUCAUCUAUCACUGUCUGAUAUUGUGCUUACAACAAAUACUCUUCCCAACUUGAUGGGAGCAAUCUUACACGGUGGGAAAAAAAUGACAAUUCCUGGCUGCAUAACUCAAUUGUAUUUCUUUAGUGGUGUAAUUUUUUCAGAAUGCUUCCUGCUUGCAGUGAUGUCCUAUGACCGAUACCUGGCUAUAUGUGUCCCAUUGCGUUACACCUCAAUCAUGGAUUUGACACUGCGCACUUGUAUGUCUGUCUUUCCCUGGUUAAUAGGAUUUACCCUGAACAUAUCAGGUAUCAUACCUAUAUCCAACUUUCAGUUCUGUGAUGGAAACAUCAUUGAUCAUAUAUAUUGUGACAUUUCCCCUCUCCAAAAACUUUCAUGUUCAGACACGUCUCUGGUGGAAUUUUUAGCCAUUAUACUUUCUACUCCUUUAUUUAUAUGUCCUUGUGUUUUUAUCAUAUUGACUUAUGUUCAUAUCUUGUUUACAAUACUUAGGAUCCCUUCUACAACCGGAAGACAAAAAACCUUUUCAACCUGCAGUUCCCACCUUCUCGUGGUUAGUGCAUUCUAUGGGACGUUAAUAAUAAAGUAUAUGAUACCAUCCAUAGGACAUUUAUUGCUUUUGAAUAAGAUUAUAUCAUUGCUGCAUACUGUGUUUACCCCCCUGUUUAACCCUUUAGUUUACAGUCUAAGAAACCAAGACAUCAGGAUAGCACUAAGAAAGAUUUCUAAACGUUAAAGACAC